GUCUUCACUCCGUCGCAAAGCCGUCUCCUGGCGGCCUCUCGGUAGCGAGUCUGUCCCCCUUCCCUGUGCAGAAUCCCCGCAUCUCUCCCUCGACUCUCUAAUCUCGCCGUCCAGCCUCCGAUCCUCUAAUUCCCCCGCCUUUGACUCCUCACGCUCACGAACGACCGCCCAAGCCUGCCUCAAAUACGUCAAGGCGGCACGACGAGCACGCAUCACGACAACGACCGCAGCAUCUACCCUCCGCCUCGACUGCAACCAGCACCUCGAGUGAUCCCUCUCCGUCCUUGCGUGCACCUAAUCCGCACUCCUUCUACUCGAGUCACCAUGCCCGAGCCCAUCGCCAUCAUCGGCCUCGCGUGCCAGGUGCCGGACGGCCAGAACGGCUCCGACCUCGACCUCACGGGCUUCGAGCAUCUCCUCAAGACACACGGGAGCUCCAUCACCGAGAUUCCCGAGAGCCGCUUCAAUGCGGCAGCGUACCAUGGCAGCGACGUCGGCAUGAUCGUCACGACGCGUGGCGGAUUCCUGACGCGCCCUUCGGAUCUCGACUACCGCGCCUUUGGGCUAUCGCGUGCCGAGUUUGAGGCGAUGUCGCCGUCCGCCUGCCGUCUGGUCGAGAUCGUGCACGACGCGCUGCUCCAGUCAGGCCUCCAGUUCCGCGGCACCAAGACGGGCGUCUACGUCGGUGCAUCGCAGCCGCCCGCGCUGGCAAAUGCUUGGGACGGAGCGCUGCAUUGCGGCCCGCACCAGGAGGCGGGCAUCUCCAACGGCAUGCUGGCGAACCGCCUGUCCUACAUCUUCGACCUGAAGGGCCCCUCGCUGCCCGUCGACACUGCGUGCAGCGCCUCGCUCAUAGCGCUCGACCUCGCAUGCGCGGGCCUGCACCGUGGCGACUGCGACACCGCCGUUGUCGCCAGCGUCAACGACCUUUCCGACCUCGAGGGCUGGGUCGGCUUCUCGCGCCUUGGCGUCUUGUCGCCGACGGGCACGUGCAGUGCCUUCGACGAGGCUGCCGACGGCUACGUGCGCAGCGAAGCCAGCGCAGCAGUCAUCCUCAAGCCGCUGUCUCGUGCCCUGGCAGACGGGGACCGCGUGUACUCCGUGAUUCUCGCGACGGCCUCGAAUGCGAACGGCCAUGGCAUGUCCCUCGUCAGCCCCUCGGGCGAGGCUCAGCAAGCGUGUGCCCGCGCGGCCUUUCAACGGAGCGGCCGCGAUCCUGCCAGCGCCAUCGAUCUGGUCGAGGCGCAUGCGACCGGCACGCAGGUCGGCGAUGCAACCGAGGUCAACGCGCUCGGCGAGCUCUUCUUCGGCGAGCUUCAGCGCGCAGCGCCUCUGCGCAUCGGCAGCGUCAAGUCGGCCGUCGGACAUGCCGAACUGACCGCCGGUCUGCUGUCGGUGAUCAAGGCUACUCUGUCUCUCGUGCACAACGUCGUGUACCCUCAAGUGAACUUCUCGACGCCCGCUUCGAGCAUCAACUGGGAGAAGUACAAGCUCGAGGUGCCGCGCUCAUGCGAAGUGCUGGCGCCGGAGGGCAAGCGCGGCCUGAUCGCAGUUGCGUCUAGCGGCUUCGGCGGUGCGAACUGCUACGCCAUCCUCGAGGCCGUCGAAACUGUCUCGAGCCACGGCCUCAUUGCCGUCGGAGGCCUCGCACCGCAGCAGGUGCAGAGCCAGCUCAAGCAGCUCAAGGCCGGCGGCCACUUCGACCAGGCUGCCCUUUUGCGCGGCGCUCGCACCAUGCCCUUUCGCAGCGUGGCCUUCGGAGACCUGGCGCUGCCUCGCACGUGGAGCUUCAGCCCGCCGGCGCUCGUGCCCCAGCAGUCGGGCCUGGUGAUGCUGUUCAGCGGCCAGGGCCCGCAGCACGCUGCCAUGGGCCGCGCGCUAUUUGCGCACUUUGCCGCCUUCCGCGACAGCAUCAAGGCCUCCGACGCGCACUUCGCCCGCCUGACUGGGCGUUCGCUGCUCGACGAGGGCCUCUUCGAGAUGUCUUCGCGCGUCGCUCCGCUCCCGGCCAUCUGGCCGAUCGCGCUGAUCCAGCCGGCGGUGGCCAUGCUGCAGAUGGCGCUGUACGACCUCCUUGCGUCGCUCAACAUCAAGCCGACCAUUCUCCUAGGCCACAGCGCGGGCGAGACGGCACUUCUCUAUGCGGUCGGCGCCUGCACGCGAGCCACGACUAUCGCCAUCGCGAACGCUCGCGGCCAGGCCUUGUCUCUGGCCGAAGGCACAGGCACAAUGGCGUAUGCACAUGCGCCGCUCGCCGUGGUGCGCGCCGAGAUCGCGGCGAUUGCCAGCUCAGCGGGCACGACUGGUGGCGUACUCGAGCUCGCCGCGUUCAACGGGCCCGAGGCGCAGCUGGUGUCGGGCUCGUCCGACCAGGUCGCCCGCCUGGUGGCGCGUCUCAAGCAGCUCAAGUUCGCCUCGGGCCUGCUUCGCACAAACACGCCGAUGCACUCAUCGCUCCUGGACGUCUGCAAGGCGCGCUUUCUCCAGACAGUGCAGGCCGCCCUGCCCGAGACGCCGUGCAUCACCCAGUGCGACUACGUCUCGACGGUGACGGGCGCGUUCGUGCCUGCCGGCCAGCACAUCACCGCGCAGACGAUCUGGGCGAACGCCCGUCAGCCGGUGCGCUUCUCGCAGGCGAUGCUGAGCGCCAGUGCGCUCGCUGCAGGCCCGCGAGGCGCCAAGCCGCCCGUGGUACUGGAAGUGACGGCGCACCCCGUGCUCGCCUCGUACGUCGAGGAGCUCCUGCCGGCCAGCGCGGUGAUCUCAACGCUGCGCCGCUGCUCGCAGCCGUGGGCGGAGAAGAAGUCCUUCUUCGACUGCCUCGGCCGCCUGCUUCUGUCAGGCGCAUGCGACACAGCGCACUGGCACGAGCUUGCGAUGCGGGCCGGCGCAGCGCCAAGUCUCGCAGCGGUCAAGUAUCCUUACCAGCGAGCAGCAAAGCAGACUCAGUACGCAAGCGUCGAGGCCCGCAAGAAGGCCAGUCGCGCGCCACCGCUCAACGACACCGAGCUGUACCUCUCGCAGCGCGGCAGCGAUCUGGCAGACCACAUCGUCGAGGACUCCGUCAUCUUUCCGGCCGCCGCAUUCGUCGAGCAGGCGCUCGAGUACGGCGUGGCCGAGGUCCACGAUCUGCAAGUCAUCGCUGCGAUUGCGCUGCCCAAGAGCGGCUCUGUGCGCGUGUCCAUGGCCCGAACGGCCAACAGCUUCACCAUCAAGACGGGUCAGCCGGAGCAGGAGCGACUGCACUGCCAGGGCGUGCUCGUGCCCGGCAAGCCCGCCGCGCUGCCCGCGCGUGAUCUGCCAAGCAUUCUCGAUCAGUGCAUGCGUGUUGCUUCGCAGGACAAGCUGCCGCUCGUCGAGAAGUUCGGGCCGCGCUUCCGACGCAUCGUCUGGACGAAGACCAACGCCGAGCAGACCAUUUUCGUGUCGCUCGUGCGCGGCAACCAGCCCGACCUCACGCGCCUCGACGAGUACUGCAUCCACCCGGCGCUCAUCGACGCCUCGUGGCAGACCGUCGCCGAGGGCCUGGCGCAGCACUGCACGCGCCUCGGCGACAAGCUGAUCGGCUUCUAUCUGCCCAGCAGCAUUGCCCGCUUCCGCUCCUUUGUCGACAAGGGCGGGAUGCCCGCGCAGUUCUACAGUCUGGGCCGCAUCAGCAGCGUGUCGCGCACGGAGAUCAAGCUGGACAUCGAGGCUGUGUCCGAGUCUGGCGAUGUCCUGUUCGUCACCACCGGACUGGUCUGCCGUCGCGUCAGCCUGCUGGCCGAGCCCAAGACGCACAAGGCGCUCAGCAUUGCCUGGCAGCCUCAUGCCUGUCCCUACCCGAUCGAGCUGGCGCCCGACGCGAGCUUCGAGCUUGCCAACGUGAGCAUCGCUGACCGCAAGCUCGUCUACCGCGCGCUGGAUGCGCUCGCCAUCACAGCCGCGAAGCGGACAAUGGCGACGCGGCCGACGUACGACGCUGCGCGACUCGACCGCCGACGCCACUACGAGUGGCUCGUCCAGACGUCGCAGCUGCCAGAGCAGCACGUCGGCGAGCUCGGCAGCGACACGCAGCGCCGUUUCGCGCCGCUCUUCGAGGUGAUGCGCCGGGCGAUGCUGCACCAAGCGAGCGCGCUCCUCGACGACAAGAUGGUCAUCUCGGAGCUGUUCGCCGAGGCGCACCUCAUGACGGACUUCUACAAGAUGACGACGACGCUCAGCCCCGCCUACCGCGCAUGUGUGCGCCUCUUCCGAGACGUGCUGCUGAAGCUCGCUGCGCACGGCAAGAGGGUCAUUCGCGUGGCGGAGAUCGGUGCAGGCACCGGCCAGCUCACACGCCAGCUCGCGGCCGUGGCGCUCGAGCUGCACGAAACGCGGCCAGACAUCCUGAUCGAAUGGACCGUGACUGACGUGUCGCUGGCGCUUGUGCAGCAGGCAGCAGCGACGCUCGGUUCGCGCGGCGUCUCUACCAAGCUGUUCGACAUGAAUAGAGACGGGCCGUCGCAGGGUCUCGACGCCUGCAGCUUCGACAUCAUCCUUGCCUCCGAUGCGCUGCACGCCUGCGCAGACAUCGAUGCCACCCUGGCGCACGUCCGCGAACUCCUCGUUCCGGCCGGCUGCCUUCUCUUCACCGACGCGGACGGGCAAGGCUGGGAGGCAAGCCCGGAGACAGGCACGCCCGCGCACGGCACCAUCUUCCUGGACGCCGUGUUCGGCUCGUUCUUUGGCUGGUGGGCCAGCGAGGACGAGCGAAGCCACCCUCUUCUCAGCGAGUCGAGCUGGCGCACGCACCUUUUGCGCCAGCAGUUCUCCGACGUGCACGUCUUGCGCGAGCACGGCGCAGCUCGUAUCCUUUCGCACGUCACGAUCUGUGCCCAGGCGAGCCCGGAGAUCUACGCAUCGCAGCUCGCGCGUCCAGACUUCAACGAGGUCGUCUGGCUUUCCUCGGAGCAAGAGCAUCUGCUUUCUGCGGCCGUUGCCAAGCAGCCCGAGCGCCUGCUAGUGUGCAGCAUCGAUGACGCCGCUGCUGUGGCUGCACGGACAAUAAGCGCGGAGACGGGCGUGGAGGUCUGGGCGCGCACGUUCGACGCUGCGUGCUCCACCGACGUGCAGCGUGGCGACUGGCCACUUCUUCCCGGCGAGCAGGCCAUUCGAGUAGGCAGGGACGGCAGCCUGCAAGUCGCUCGCCUGGUGCCUCUGCUGGAUACGAUCUCGUCCGCGCCUCCGCCGCCUCCUGCGCACUACGCUCCGCCGUUCUGGCGACUCGAGCGCACGGCCGGCGCGGCGCACGUUGGCCUCGCUCAGGUGCACCUGCCCAGCCCGCACGGACGCGCAGAGCUGGAGCUCGAGGUCCAGCACGCAACUCAGCUGCUUCCUGGCGUGUGCGUGUCGAGCUGCACAUCGCUCGGCCAGGCAUACACAGCCAUUGGCAGCGAGAUCGGCAACGUGAUGAUCGCGCACCGCAGCAUGUGCCUGGAAGUACCGCGCCAGCCGAACGACACGCCUCGCUUCGAAGACGUCUGCAACGGCUUCCUCCUCGGCAUCGCACUCGUCCAGACUGGCCGGGACAUGGCGUCGUUGCCCGAGCGCGUCCUUCUCGCGCUGCCGCCGCGGCUGACCCUGCGUCUCGGAAGCUAUCUCACCCGGCUGGGUGUUCACGCGGUCGCGGUCGGGCCCGACAUUCUCGACACGAUGGAAAGCGUCUCGACGCGGGCGGACUGGCAGACGGAGCUCAGCCAUCUGGCCGGCUUUGACGUCGCCAUCGCAAGCGGAGACAUUGCCCAGACGCUCGCGGCCUCGCGCGGCCUCUUUGCCGUCGAGGACGUCGUCGAUCUGGACCGUCUUGACGUGGGCACGGAGAAGCAUACGCUGGCCGACCUGGUGGCGCGCUCGGACCGUCGCGUGGCCGCCGCCAUGCGCCUCGCCAGUAGUAUCGCACAGAGCCGCAAGCCCCGCUCGCCCCGCCGGGCUCCGCCGCCUCCGACUCCUCUCGCCGAGCUGCUCGGCAAGUCAGCUGCCAAGGUGGGACAGACGUUCUCCGUGUCGCUGCGCGACGCGGCGCCUGUUCCCGCGAGCAUCGCACGCGCUGGCGCGUGCAAGUUCAACCCGCGAGCGAGCUACCUUCUCUUCGGCGGCUGCGGCGGGCUUGGCCUUCUCAUCGCUACUUGGCUCGUCCAGAACGGCGCACGCCACAUCGUCUUGACAUCGAGGUCGGGCGAGGCAUUCUUCCGGCGGCCAGCAUGCUACCGCGAGGCCGGCGUCCUGGCCGGCCUGCGCCAGCUGCCAGGCGUGCACAUUGAGGUCGUCAAGGCCGACGGCGCGUCGCAGGCGGACACGCAGGCCGUCUUCGACAAGGUCAUCGCCGCCAAGCUGUACCCGGCGGGCGUCUUCUGGCUGCCGGUGACGCUGUCGGACGGCUCCGCCGAGUCGCGCACCCAGGCCGAUUUCGACAUGACGCGUGCAAGCAAGACCGCCGGGCUCGAACACAUUCUCAAGUGCCCGCUGUCCGCGUACUGCGACUUCAUCAUCGCAACGAGCUCCCUGGCGACUGUCGUGGGCUCGCCCGGCCAGUUGACAUACGCAGUGGCCAAUGCCCAGCUCGAGGCCCUGGCUCGGGGUCACUCAAACGUCGCCUCGCUUGUCGUGAUCCCGGUGCUCGACAUUGGCAUCUACCGCCGGACGCUCGACGAGCUUCAGCAGGGAGCCGUGACGACGUCGGGGCGCCGGUGGGGCGUGACGGGCGAGUACUUUGUCGGCUUCGUGGCUGAUUGCAUCGAACGCCUGCGCCAGGGCACCGCACCGUCCGGUGCCUACGUGCCGCACUUCGACCGCGCCGACGACUACAGCUACAUGGACGGCUCCCGCCUGACGGCUCACCUGGCGUCGCGCCAGGCCGUCGAUGCGACGUCGAGCGACGGCACGGUCGACGGCAUCACUGCGCUUGUCGCCUCGAUGCUCGACCUCAAGCCGGCUGAGCUUCGUCCCGAAGUGCCCCUCGCCUCGUACGGUCUCGACUCGCUCACCGCGGUGCGCUUGAGCAGCGCACUUCAGCGCACGGCGAGCAUCAAUAUGUCGCAGCUGCAGCUGCUCCUCGGCACGAAUCUCCAGAUGCUGCUCGACUUGGCCGCUGGACGGUCCAACACCGGCAGCAGCGGCCUCACCCGGCCGCGCGCCGGCAGCGCCCUCAUCAGCCAUGCGCACGCUGACUCGUACGAGGGCAUCUUCUUCGAGGACUCUGCGCCGGACUCGAUUGCAGUGCCGCUCAACACAUGCACGGGCCGUGGGGUCUUCCUCGUGCCGGGCGCUGGCGGCAGUCUCUCGCUCUUCCUCAAGCUUGCGACCGACGCUCACUUCCCCAUCGUGGCCUUGCGCGAGCCCGCCGGACUGGACAAGGCCAAGACGCUCGAGCAGAUGGCUCGGGUCUUCGCAGACGCUGUCGGCGUCCAUCAGCCGAGCGGCACGAUUCUCCUCGCCGGCUUCAGCUUUGGCGCAACAGUCGUCGUCGAGAUGCAGCGGGUGCUCGCCUCACGAGGCCGUGCGUGCGAGCUCGUCCUCCUCGACCACGCUCCCACGGCUCUGCACGCUCCGAGUCUCCUCGUACGGAUCAGCAGCGAGGACGGCCAGACUGGCUCCGCCGCAGCGGCUGCGGCGGCCAACUCCCUCGUCUUUGCCUCGAUGGCGACGGACGUGGCCGUGCGCGGCAUCGGCUCGCCCUUUGCGCAGGUGCUCGACGUGCUGCGCCUGGCGAUGCAGGGCACGCACUCUACGCGGCUCGCGCCCUGGACCACGGCGUGGGCGCUGGACUGCUCGCGCCAUCUGCGUCUGCUCGCGGGCUACGCCAAGGAGCGCCUGCCCUACGGCGGUGCCGUCCGCGACGAGCGUGUGUCGUGCCCGGUGACGCUCGUGCUCGCAUCUACGGGCCUCGUGACGCAGCUCGACGAGCAGCUGGAUGCCCAGUGGGUCUCCUCGCUCGACGUCGAGCGGCUCAGCCCAGCCGCAGACGUGGUGCGCGUCGAGGGCACGCACUACUCCAUCCUCGACUCUCCCGAGCUCAGCGCACUGCUGAGCAACAUGGUCGCCCGCCAGUAGCCGCCUCGAUCUCGCUCGCUUGUGCUGGUCCGC